AUGGAUGACGAACCUGCUAUUGACUAUGCCAUCAGUAAUGAGAGACAGCAGCGUUACUCAAACUGGAAGAAGAACACCAAAUUGCUUUACGAUUAUUUGAAUACCAAUAGUGCAAAAUGGCCCUCACUAACUUGCGAAUUCUUCCCCGAUCUAGAUACCACAACAGAUUCGCAUAGACUGCUGUUAUCUUCCUUCACAUCAUCACAAUUGCCAGAGGAUGAGAGCAUAUACAUCUCUAGGAUAUCAACGUUGAAGCACCUUCACUGGUCAUCGCUGAACAACUUCGAUAUGGAUGAGAUGGAGUUUAAACCUGAAAACUCUACAAAGUUACCGCCUAGAAACCUGACAGAUGACAUUUCAAUUAGAAUCCCUAGUGGCGAUAGUAAUAGAGCUCGCUAUCUCCCGCAGAAUCCCGAUGUGAUCUCUGCUGCUUCUUCCGAUGGAUCAAUAUACAUAUUUGAUAGAACCAAGCACAAUAGCACAAUCAGUCGAUCAACGACUUCUAGGCCUUAUGAGAUCAAACUUGAGGUAGCUCCACAAGUAGAAUUGAUGGAUUCACCAAACGAAGUAGUUUCUUUGGACUGGAACAAGAGAAAGGAAGGAAUUCUGGCAUCUUGCCACUCACGCGGUCAAUUGCUCGUGUGGGACAUCUCCCAAUAUUUGCAUUCUAACCCAACGAUCCAAACGCCCAUAUGCUCCAUCGAUGAUUUCGAUCCUCAAGGUGCAAACGAUAUUACAUGGAUGCCAUCCCAUGAUUCAUUGCUUGCCGCCUGUGGUGAAUCCAAUACGGUCGCCAUAUAUGACACGAGAUCCAAGAGUCAGGUUUCUAAGAUACAACCCGGUCUACAUAAUGGAGGGAUCAACUCGUGUGAUUUCAACGCCCAUAACGACUAUCUACUCGCGUCGGCAGACAGUAUUGGUACUGUCCACAUGUGGGAUAUAAGAAAACUCGAUCAAGAUCCAAUUCAGUCAGUAUCACAUGGCAGUUCAAUUUCUACAGUCAAGUGGAACCCCAACGUAGCCACUAUAAUAGCAGUGGCAGGCCAAGAGGACGGCCUUGUCAAGCUCUGGGACGCAUCGAACGGUCAAUUGAUCUUCACUCACGGCGGACACAUGCUGGGAGUAAACGACAUUGCAUGGAAUGCCCACGACCCAUGGCUGAUGUGUUCAGUCUCGAACGACAAUUCAAUUCACCUAUGGAGACCUUCAUCACACUUGGUAGAACCACAGAAUAGCUGA